AAAAGAAAAAACAUUGCAGCUGCAAUACAUACUUUCAUAAAUUCUGAUUGAUUCUUGCGAGUGGCAUGUGCAGUGAGGGAUGGCGACGGGCGCGGAAACAGGCUGCUAUGGACGAGUAGAGGAUGUUGAUGUUGAAGGCUGUAGUUGGGGAACCGGGAGCAAGUCAGCGGACGAGAUGUGUUUGUUUAGUCGUGGUCAGUAAAUGUAGUAUUUUUAGUAACGUAAGUACUUAACAAAAUGCAAGGCUGUAUUGGCGGUCAUCUUUCAUGAGACCGCGUCAUCUACGUACAUCUGAAGAAAGUACUAGCGAAGUGAAGAUGCGAAAUAAGGCCGCUAAAUCAAGGAAAGCUCAUCUUGUAGCCCAAGUUGAGUGCUCAACUUCUUUAGCAGCGUGGCAAUAAGUAGUUCACGGUGUCAUGGUACAGAAGAGUUGUGGUCUGAAGAUCGCAAAAGCGGACGUCACGAAAAGCAUACGAAAAUUAUGAAUAGCACCAGCGGGGUAGCUGCUACGUCUCCGUCUGAACGAAAGAGCGCAGCACGGCCCGCAGGUAAUAUUGAUGAGUCCUUCGAUGAACUCGCGGUGUCUCUUGCAACGCAACUGGAGCGCGCGAUCCUCACCGGCAACGCGCAGAGCGCAGCUGAGACGGCGCGGGAAAUUUGUUUAGCGAAGAAGUUGCGCGAGGAGACACUCCUGGCAAGAAACGAGAAGAACACGGUAGCACCAGGCGAGCAGAACGUGGGCGUGCAGAAAACUCCUCAACAAAGAGGUGGUCCAGAAAUUUCUUUUUCCCUAGAUCACCGUACAGCGGCGAUCCGUGCGGCGGAAGAAGUUCGCGGCGCAGGUUGAUCAUGACAUUAACAUCAGCAUUAAUCAUCUAGUACUAGCAUGAUCACAACUGCGAGCAACAGGAAGCGCGACUCUUUUACUUUUUCCACAGCAGAAGAGCGAAUAACCUCAAGACUGCAGGUGGACCACGAGAUGAACAUGAAGUGCACGAUCAAGACAUUUGAAAAAGACGUUUCUACUGCGUCGUGGCAUCUGCCACUGAUCUUUAU